AUGUCUUCCACCGAAACCAAGGCUAAUCCAGCCGAUAGCCAGAACUGGCUGCCCCACGGAGGCAGCCACGACUUGGUUACCUUCGAGCCACGCACAUAUGGCGACUGGCGCGAUGAGUUCCACAAGCAAGGUUGCGUCCUUAUCAAAAACGUGAUCAGCCUUGAGCGGGCCCAAUACUACCGCGAGAAACAGAUUCAGUGGCUGAAGAAUUUCGAUCUGGGCUUCGAUGAGAAUGAUGAAAGCACUUGGACCGAGGCGCAUCUGCCCGUCAGCUUCAAGGGAGGCAUGUACUUUGCCUAUGGCUCUGCCCAUGAGAAAAUGGCCUGGGAGGCACGCACAGAGCCCGCUGUUAUCAAUAUUUUUGAGACGCUUUGGGAGACCAAGGAACUGAUUUGCUCAUUUGAUGGAAUGAACAUCUCCAUGCCCCGGCGGAAGGAUCUUCGCUGGAGCCCAUGGCCUCACUGCGACCAAAACCAAAGGCGCAAAGGCAUGCAAGCUGUUCAAGGACUACUGAACUACGCCCCCAACGGCCCCAAGGAUGGUGGCCUCAUGUUGAUGAAAGGCUCUGCUAAGCUUUUCGAUGAGUUCUUCUCACAGAAGCGUGAGUCCUACAACCAUGAGGACGCACCACCCCCCGAGAUGGAAUAUAUGGAUCUUUUCCUAUUUAGCGACAAGGAUGUUGAGUGGUUCAAGGAGCGUGGUUGCGAGCUGAUCAAGGUAAACAUGGAACCUGGCGAUUUCGUUCUAUGGGACUCUCGCACCAUGCACUACGCUUGUCUACCCGAGGGAGAUCAAAUCCGCCACGUACAGUAUAUCUGCAUGACGCCAAAGCGCUUUGCGUCGCCCGAAGCAUUGGAAUUGAAGAAGCAGUGCUUUGAGAACUAUAUUGGAACAACCCACUGGCCUCACUGCAACAUCCGGCCUGCUAAGGAGAAGCCCAUGCGUGGGGAUACUGUGUGCCCCAAGGACCGCAGUGAACCAUUUGAGAAGCCUGAGUUGACGGACACAGUCUUGCAAUUGGCGGGCGUGAAGUCUUACUGA